AUGGGUUUUCUCUAUUCCAGAAGUGCCUUUGGUGGCCUUUCUUCUGCCAUCAAACCACCAUCUAGUGAAACUAAAAAAGCAAAGGCAAAACCAAAACCAAAACCAAAAUCGACAACCAUCACAGAAUCCACAAUUAGCAAGUUAGCUCGCGGAAUUUCUUCCAAUCCUGAUCAAAUACCAAAUAAACCGAGAGCUAAAAAAGAGACAUUACCAAAAAAAGAACCAAAAAAAAGAAUUCCUAAAACAGCCGUGACAUCCGAUUCAAAUCUUGAAAGCGAUCCAUCAGCUGUUGUCAAGAAACCUCGAGGUCGGCCGAAGAAAGUGCCUGAAGCGAAUUCUACUGAAUCUUCAGCAACUGCGGUAAAACGAGCACACGAGGAUGAUCAUUUAGUACCUAGAAAAAAAAUUUCUCCUUUAAGACCAAAAGAAAAUACUUCUUCUGAACCAAUGGACAAUAUAACAUCUUCAAAAAUAACACCAAUUUUGGCAAAAUACUCUGAGGAAACAAACUUAAACCCCCCCGAAAUAGUAACAAAGAUUGCUAAAGUACCAAGGGCACCGAAAACAGCCAAAGCGCCAAAGAAAGUAGGAGAUGAAAAGAAACCUGCAAAGCCAAGAACUUUGGCCUCAAAGUCAAAGAUUACUAAGAGUGAGGUUCCAAUUGAGACUGUUGAACCCGACGAUCCUUUUUUAAAUAUUCAUGUCGAUACAUCACUCAAGUCUGUUCUAGAUUCUGAUUAUCAAUUGGAGUAUGAAAUUCAUGGCCAUUCUAACGUGGAGAAGCCCUAUACUGCAUCAAACAAAGAAGGUCAUUCUGCAAAUAUUUGGGCUUGUGAGUUUGAGCCAGUACUAUAUGGAGGGACGCCAUCAAAUGUUGUUGCACUUUGUGGGGCAAAUUAUGUAUUAUUCUUGGACACAGAUCAAGAGCGCUACGUAAAGAAAUUCACACACCCAGAACCAACGGAAGAAUUCUAUUGUCUAGCAUGGACAACACUUCGAGGUCCGAGCGAAAUGAUGGAUCCAAGAGUACCUGAAGAUACUAGUUGCAAUAUUCUUGCUGUAGCAGGCCGACUCGGAUCCAUCAAACUUAUUCUCCCACUACAAAACGAGUGCUACAAAUAUCUCUCUGGACAUACAAAAGAUGUUACACGACUCUCAUUUUCAAUGAAGAAUAGGCGUUGGCUAUUCAGUAGCUCUUAUGAUAUGACCGUUCGUUUGUGGGAUAUUGGACCACCAAAGUCCGGCGUGGAUUCGUAUAUGUGUCUUUCCAAAUUUCAUAUACCAUUUGAUUAUGAUAUACCUACUUCUUUAAGUAUUGAUUAUGACUUUUCGGAAUUGGUUGUCGGGUGUGCAGCCGGAGACAUGCCUAUAUUUAGAAUCGAGGAGAAACAAUUAAAAGCAUGGAAAAGUACAGUGGACAAAUGGGCAAAAAAUGGAAAACAACCAAAAAAGACUACUAUUCCACUCAUUAAGCAUAAAACUGUUUUUCCUUCUGGGAACGAGUGGCAUGAGGGAUACGUGGAUGAUAUCCAUAUCAUAGGAAAUACAGGGGAAUGUAUUCUUAGCGAGUUGGACGGCCUUAUAGUGUCACGUGGAUCAGAUGACAGAGAAAUCAUUGCAUGGAACCCUGUCACUAGUACACAAGAAGAUGCCAAUAUCAUAAAGGCACUUGAAUGGCCAAAAGCAGGAGAUAAAAUUAAUUUACGUUUCAAAGUAAUCGAGCGUUAUGAUCGCAAAAUACUUAUUGGAGGUGACUAUGAUGGAAACAUUCAUAUGUUUGAUUUGAGUGACGGCAAGAGAAGUCAAACUUUGGAAAAUGGGGUAAAAGAGCAAUUAAAACCUGCAAAGAUAUUAUCUGAUGAGACACCCACAGGUAUCAUCAGAGAUGUAAGUCUUUCUCACGACGGAAAAACUAUAGUUGCUGUUGGCGCUGCAAAUAAGGCUUUUGUAUGGAAAUAUAUAUCAUAUCAAUUCACAGCCUACCCUCAAGCUAAUUGUGUUUCAGUAUCUCAUAGAGGCCUUGUUCAGCUCUUGCACAGACUCAACAUCGAUUACAAUCAUUGA